UGGAACGCUACACUAUUCUGAUUCUUUAGUAGAUUCUCUUUUUCUUAAAAUUACCUCAAUUAUUUAUACCACACUUUCCCAUAUUUGAUUAGCAUUGCAAGAUGACGGCUGCUAAUGGGGAAAAUCCGACAGAAAGUGCAUCUCUCGCGACACUUGCUCCCCUUCAAGCAGUUCUAUUUGAUGUAGACGGAACUUUAUGUGAUUCAGAUCCUCUUCACUACUAUGCCUUCCGUGAAAUGCUUCUAGAGAUAGGCUACAAUCAUGGUGUGCCAGUUGAUGAGGAGUGGUUUAUCAAGACUAUUGCUGGGAAACACAACGAUGAUAUUGCUUCUGCCCUUUUCCCUGAUGAUCAGGAACGGGGUCUUAAAUUUUGUGAUGAAAAGGAAGCUAUGUUUAGAAGGUUGGUGAAAGAACAGUUGAAACCUAUAGAUGGUUUGUACAAGGUGAAGAAAUGGAUUGAAGAUCGUGGACUGAAACGGGCUGCAGUUACCAAUGCACCUAGACUAAACGCUGAACUGAUAAUAGAAAUACUUGGCCUAAAGGAUUUCUUUGAUGUAGUUAUUAUCGGAAGUGAGUGUGAGCGUGCAAAACCAUCUCCUGACCCUUACUUGAAGGCCCUUGAACUGCUUAAGGUGUCUAAGGAGCACACAUUCAUAUUUGAGGAUUCUGCUUCCGGAAUAAGAGCUGGGGUUGCAGCUGGGAUGCCUGUUGUUGGGUUGGCAACUCGAAAUCCACCUCACAUACUAAUGGAAGCAAAACCUGCUUUUCUUAUUAAAGAUUAUGAAGAUUCGAAGCUAUGGGCAGCUCUAGAGGAAAUAGACAAAAAGUCAGGUGCCACAACAACUACAGUCUGAGACGUACACAUACUAGGUGAAAGAUCUGUUAUUGUUGUUUGAGUUAAUUGAACUUUUGCUUCAUUGAAACCUUGUAUUUUUUUUCAUAAAAUAGGGAAAUGGUACUAUCAUUAUUUUUCUUCCUUAUAAUUGGAUGUACUAGUUUCCAACAGUUGAUAUUGAUCUAAAGAAUAUAUAAAAGCAUGGUUAUUUUUCAUUUCUU